ACCAUCAUUUUCCCAGGGUCAGGGCUCAGCUAUGUUUCCCUUUGAGUCCACCUCUUUUGUGCUAAAGCAAGAGAGAUUUAGUUUCAGCAGCUCUUGCCACUAAUCCCCAAGGCACACCUGUGUCUCUUGUGAGGAGGCUGCUUAUGGGACUUAAGAGGCAUCCUGUAUUUUCUGGCCACGUUGAUUAAUGGUGAGUAGAUUUUGCAGAAGACUCACCUUCAAGGCUUCAGCUACACGAUUGUCUGCCCCCUGGUCAAGAACAACCUCAACUUUUAUGGAAAUCGCUAAACGGACUGCAUGCCAGAGUAGGAAGAUCAAAAGUUCAUCUAAGAAAACGGAGCUUCCCUAUAGAAGAUUCUCUGUAUGAAUUUGGAGAAUAGCUAUCCAUCUCGCACAUGCUAUGGUGCAUACCAUGCCCUUCAACAUGUAUGAAGAUCUCAUGCUGGACUGAAGAAAGCUUCAAAGCAUCCAUGGAAGAGAGACGGACACCUUGAAAGCCCACAGACUGGUUUGCCUGGGGCAUCCUAAAAGCACAGAGUUGCCCAACCCAGCCCUUUGCUCCUUGAGUAAUCCUCUCUUGCUGUUGGCCAGGGAUCUCGUUCGCUAGAGAAGAACAAGAGAGAGCUCCUGGCUGGCCUUCCAGAAACCAGCUGAGCUCUCAAAGAACACCAUGUACUCUCUCGCCUUUUGCCUCCUGCUCCUGCUCCUGCAUCCAGUUGAUGCCAUCUUCUGCUUCAACUGCACCAGCACAGAAGGUUAUAACUGCAGCACAGCUCAGCAGAAAUGUUCAUUUUUGGCCAACAGCUGCAUCACCAUUGCAAGAGAUGAGGACACAGGGACCCAGGACAUCGAAAACCCAGUUUACGAGAAGAAGUGCAAUUCCGACGAUCGAUUGUGCAACCAGUUUUAUGGCUUGGUGGCAGGAGAUUUUCGCAUGCGGUGGAAUUCCAGCUGUUGCCGUGCCGACCGCUGCAACAUUGAAGAAAUAACCGUUCAAAAAGCGUCUCAGAAUCGGAAUGGAAUCCGUUGCAAUUCAUGCUUUGCCCGUGGCACAGAUUUGUGUCCUAACAAGACGGAGGUGGCCUGCACGGGACUCAUGACACACUGCAUCCACUUUGCCACCCGUGCAAAGAAAGAAACAUUCAAGGACCAACAGGUUACCUUCACAGGAUGUGCUACCAAGAACCUAUGCGACAUGGGUGCAGUGGCAUUGUUUGCUGCUGGCCGCGACGUGGACGUCGCAACCAACAUGUGCAGUUUUGCACCAGGAAUUGUUUCUCGACACAACUUGGUCUGGUCCUUUCUAGUGGGGCUAUUCAUUCUUAAUAGUUGCUUCUGAGUUUUCCUACAAACUCCCAGCGUCGUCUACUUGGUUGUCUUCUAAGUAGUCCCUCCAUACUUCUUCUUCUACCAUGUUAUUCUGUUUUCAUCUCCCCUCUCAGACAAGUUGUCUAAGCCUCACUAGGUGGCUCAGUGGCUGAGACCCUGAGCUUGUCGAUCAGAAAGGUCGGCAGUUCGACGGUUCAAAUCCCUUGCACAGGUCUCCUGCGUGAGCAGGGGGUUGGACUAAAUGACCUCCAAGAUCCCUUCCAACUCUGUUACUGUUACUGUUGUAACUUUGAUUUACCAAAGAACUAAGAAAGGCUGGCAAACCCUUCUCUCUAGUAGUAGUUUACCAGUGGCUAGACACUCAGUCUGAAACCUGAAGGAAGGUGUUGGGUUAUUGAGGGAGCGGUUCGGAGCUCCCACGUAACACCUAUCCUGCGCAGACUGCACUGGCUACCUGUUGUUUUCCGGGUGCGCUUCAAGGUAUUGGUUACCACCUUUAAAGCGCUCCAUGGCUUAGGACCGGGCUACUUACGGGACCGUCUACUGCCGGCCUCUAUCUCCCAGCGUCCGGUGCGUUCCCACAGAGAGGGACUCCUCAGGGUGCCGUCAGCCAAACAGUGUCGACUGGCGGCCCCCAGGGGGAGGGCCUUCUCUGUGGGGGCUCCUACCCUGUGGAACGAGCUUCCCCUCGGGCUUCGACAACUACUUGACCUUAGGACCUUUCGCCGCGAACUUAAAACCUAUUUAUUUCGUAUGGCUGGACUGGCCUGAUUUUAAAUUCUAAAUUUUAAAUUUUAAUUGAAUUUUGAUGGGUUUUAAAUUUUUGUAAUUUUAUGGGGUGUAAUGUUAUUUUAAAUUUUCUGGCAAAUUUGAAUCAGUUUUUUAAGGGUUGUUUUAAUUAUGGUGUAUGUUUCUGUUUGUAUUUUAUUUGCCUGUUCACCGCCCUGAGUCCUUCGGGAGAAGGGCGGUAUACAAAUUAAAACAUUAUUAUUAUUAUUAUUA